AUGAUAAAUACAGAAACUAGAAUGGAUUUAGGGGUUAAAGGAGUGUCUGCUGCUCCUAGGAGCCAAACUCAACUAUUCUCUGGAAGGAAGAAUGCUCUCAAACAAGGAUGCAUUUCCAGAUCACAGUCAUCCCAGGACCCCUGCUCCCCUAUAGUCCCACCACUUGAUUUGAGAAGCCUUAUUGGUUCUGAUGAUGAGGAUGAGUUUUCACAGGUCCCUCCUAAUAGAAAUGAUAUGUAUUUUAACUCACCAAAUUCAACAUUUGCUGUCGGUUGGGAUGUAUCACACAAAAUACCAUAUAACCAGCAUCAUCUCAGUGAAGUGAAACCAGACACAAUACCUGAAAAUUUGCCAGCACCCACAGGCAAAUACCAACAGUAUGAAACUGAAAGGAAAGACAGAUAUAAAGAUUAUAAUCAAAGAAAUGCAGAAAAAGCAAAAUCAAGUAUAACACAUCAAGAGACUCCAAGCAAGAAGGCAGACAAAAAGUGUGAUCAAGGGGAAGAAAGCAGCAUGGGGGACCUCAUGACUUUGGAUAGGAAAGCCCUCCUACAGCAAGGCUUUGCCAACAACCCUUACCACGCACAGCACAGCACAAAGAAAUCAGACGCAGAAAAUGUGGCUGCAGAAAAGAAGAAACAAGCUGUUGCAGAGCAAAUGUUGAUAGACCACUUAUGUAGGGCUGUGAUCAGUGACCCAGCACAGAAUUUAAGAAUGGAGAAACAAGAAAGUGAUCAUAUCCUCCCAGAUUCAAAGAGAACACCUCUUCAAAUUAGGAAAAGAACACUACAUGAAACAAAGAUAAGGACCAACUCUACUUUAACAGAAAAUGUACUUUCUCAUAAAGUUCAGUUUGAUAGUAGGAUCAUAUCAAGAAAUGGACAUGAUGCCUGCAGAGAGCUGGUUGGGUUCUUUUUCACUCAUGACCAGUCCCUUGCAAUGUACGAGUAUCGGCAAUUUGGGAAAAAUAGAACAACUGUUCUUCCCUUUAUUCACAAGCAUACUUAUAGUCAUCAGUGCGGACGAAGAAAAGGAAAACAAUACCAACUUGGUGAUUUUCAUAUUGGUGCAACCUUGACAUUUUUAAGCUCUGAUCAUCCCAGCCUUCCCAAAACCAUAAAAGAAAAUUCAAUACUUACACUCCGGAUCACAAAUAUUGAUCAAAUAGCUUUGGAUUCUCUGAAAACUGCUUCAGUGAGACAGGAGGAAGACAUAAUCCAUCAAGAAGCCAGUGAUAGGCUAGUCUUCAAGGUCAUUCAAGAUGUGCUAAAAGGAAGACUACAGAAAAGAGGAGUGCGUGUUUUGACUGGAUUAGGAAAGUACUUUAAACAAUUGGAAAACGAAGGAAAUGGACUUUUAGAUAAAGCAGAUUUUAAGCAAGCCCUAAAAGUAUUUCACUUAGAAGUAUCUGAAAAGGAUUUUGAAUCUUUAUGGCUAAUUCUGAGUGAUAAUGACCAGAGAAAAGUGGAGUAUGGAGACUUCAAACGUGCCAUUUUUGGUGAAAUGAAUGAAUAUAGGAAAUCAUUUGUUCGAAAGGCCUUUAUGAAACUGGAUUUUAACAAAACUGGCACUGUACCUAUGACAGACAUAAGGAAAUGUUACUGUGCAAAGAAGCAUCCUCAAGUCAUUUCAGGCCAGUCCACGGAGGAAGAAAUCAAAUCAGCUUUUCUUGAAACACUGAUAGAUGCCUGCAGCAACUUUGAUGAAGUGUCUUACAGUGAAUUUGAAGAUUACUAUGAAGGCCUAAGCAUAGGGGUGGCUGAAGAUGAAGACUUUGUUACCAUAGUACGUACUCCAUGGGGAAUUUAG